AUGUAUGUGAUGCUUUCUUUCAUGAUUGGCACUAUGUAUAUCCGUUCGAACGAUUCUCUGACUCAGUUUGACUACAUCCCGAUGCUCUUCUACGUUCAAGCAUUCUUGGUAUUCAUGGCAGUCGCUGUCUUACCAUUCUUCGAUGAGAUCAGAGCUGUCUUUGCACGAGAGAGAGCUAAUUCUAACCUCAAUGUGCUCAUGUUCGUUCUGGCCAACUUUCUGGCAGCUUUGCCGGGUAUAGCACUGAUCGCCCUCGUGUCCUCUGCGAUGGUGGUUGGUAUCGCUGGUCUCAACGCGUUCGGAUGGUUCUUUCUCAAUCUCUUCCUCUCUAUGGUCGUGUCUGAGUCGCUUAUGAUGCUCCUGGGCGCAGCUACUCCCCACUAUAUAAUCGGCAUCGCCCUUGGGGCCGGUCUGUAUGGUAUGUUCAUGCUGGUUUGUGGGUUUAUGGUCCCUCGUGAUAAGAUCCCCGCGGGGUGGAUCUGGGUUCACUACAUCGCCUUUCACACUUAUGCGUUUGGGGCGUUCAUGUACGCUGAGUUCCACGAUGAGCCGCCGGCUGGGGAUAUUAUUCUGCGCCAGUUUGAUUUGGAAGAUACGGAUAUUGGCGUGAACAUGGGCGUGUUAGUGGCUUGGACGCUGGUCUUACAAGUGUUAUUCUAUCUGGCGCUUAGGAUUCUCCAUACGGGUAGAAGGUAGACCUACUUCUUAUCUUGGUAGGGUUAACCUUGGAAUUCUAGACCGUCUUUUUUUCGGUCUCCGAAGAGCUAUCCGGUCUCCGAAAAAAAUUAAGUCAUUUCUUCCGUUGUUUUUUUCUUAUUUCUUAUGUGUCGUAUUUGCUCAUCCCAGUAGACUUUUUUUCGAUAGUUUUCAUUAUUAUGAGUAAUCGAGU